UGCAGGUCGAAAGGGAGAGUCGAAAUAUCGAAAGUAAACGGAGUACGAGCUGUCGUGCUUGACCUCUGUUGCAGCUUGGACUCUGAACUACUGGCCGCCAUAUUGGACACCUUGGAGGUGCACAGCUGACAGGGAGCAACCAUGCCGUACGCUAGUGAUAAACUCUACAAGGAAUAUGUGCGGAGAAAUAUGGCUCGUUUCGCAACUCAGGUGAAAGUGAGAGAGAUCCUCCCUCACCUGUCCUGUCUGACACAAACUGACAGGGAGGAAGUGGAGGCGAAGCGGGAAAUGACAGGGAACUAUAACGCCAUGCAGCUGCUGAUUGAUAACCUGAAGCGGAGGGAGAACUGGCCUGAUGAGUUCAUCAGGGCUCUGGAGGAUUGUGAGCACAGCACGCUCGCCCAGGAGAUGAGCGACGCUUACGAGGCCCUGAAACAACCCAAUUCCACAGAAGUGAUGCCUCAGCAGGCAGCUGGUGUCUCUGACAGCCCAGGAGCUGUAACCACCGUUCACGUUCACCCUCCCCCGCCAGCAGACAGUGAGCCGGCCCAACCACCAGUCCCCGCAUCCUCUCCUAGUGUGGCUGCUGCUGAACCCGCUGCUGAGCCCGCUGCACCUGCCCCAGUGUCCAGCCCCGAGGCUCUGGUCACCCCCGACGUCACCAGCCGGCCAGCUCCACCACCCGACGUGGCUGCGGAUGCAGCACCGGCUCCCGAAAGCAUUCCACCGCCUAUCGCUGAGGUUCCGAAGGUUCCCCCGACAGAGGAAGCCCAGGCUCCAGACUUGGGCGUUCCCUCUGAGCCUGACGUCCUUGACGGUCCCACAGACGCGCGCGCGCGCACUGCUCCCGUGGAGCUCUCGGAGUUCAGCCUGCCUCCGGAUCCACAGCGCCCCGCCGAAGAGACCACUCUAGGGUCCCCAGAGCAAACAAGAGCUCCCAUUCAAGAGACGAGCUCCCCCAAAUGCAGAGUGGACCCGCCCGUGCAAGAACCAGAAGAGACAUCGGAUCCCACCAUGCACCAGGUCAGCAUGGAGCAGCGGCCGGCAGAACCGACUGAAGAUGAAGAAGUCCAGCCUCCACCACCCGACAUGCAGAACAUCACCCCACCUGCACCUGCACCUGCUCCUGCUCCUGUCUCUGCCCCUGUGGUUGCCAUGAUACACCAGCCACCUCCCUCACUAUUGGACAGCAAGCCUGGGGUUCUUCAAAGUGUGGUCGAAGUUUGCUCGCCUUCCCAAGAGCUGGUCACAGAGACUCAACCUCCGGAGCCUUGCUCGUUUACGACGGAUGAUAUGGAGUUGAGCACACCUGCUAGUACCUUGGCAUCUGAGGUAAAUUCAGAGAUUGCCCCAAGGGCCAACACUGAUGAAUGCCCUGAACCAGUCCCUCAGCUGGACACAGCUCCCAGUCUUACUGAAACUUACCACACCCAAGAGCCAAGUGCCAGUGACAAUGGCAGUCCUUCCCAUCAGCCAAAUGGCCUCUUAGAUGACCAAGCCCCCUCUCCCCCUCACACCCCAACAUCCUUGUGCAAUAGUUCCUUGAGUUCCCAGGAGCAAAGCACAUUGGUACAUGUAGUCCAUGUCUCUCAGGACCCAUCAAUCCAGAAUCAAGAUGGGCAAGAGCAAAGCAUAGUGGGAAAUGGAGUUUCCAGUGAGGACACAUCCAUGGUUAACCACAGUGACACGCAAAGUGAGGCAAGUCUGGCAGAGCCAACCAGUAACCACCAUAAUCUCACCCCAAGCACUGUGGGAAAUGAAGUCCAUUUGAGCCCAGUGAAAGAGGAGGCCUCGGCCACAGGGGAUACCAGCUGCACAAAGACUGAGGUCAUCCUUGAGGCGAGAGACAAGGAGGCACAAGAAAAAGAGAACAAACACCAAGAGGACGGAGAAAGCAAUGAAGAAGAACCAAGAGAAUCUCCCUUAGCAGGCCUCUUGCCGGCCCUUCAAAAUGUCCCGCUCAUUCCAGCCGCCGCUGCCGUUGGGGUCUGUGCACUGGUCUUUGCUUGGAAACUCCGCAACAUGACUUACGCCAGUGAUAAACUUAAGAAUGGCUUCAUCCGUCGGAAUAGGUCCCGUAUUGCCAAUGAGGUGAAAGCACUGGAAAUACUGCUGCACUUACCCUGUCUGACCACAACGGACAUGGAAGAAGUGGAAGCAGCGUUUAGAAGAAUGGGGAACACGUACGCCAUGUCACAGCUGCUGGAUAACCUGACGCGGCGGGAGAACUGGCCUGAGGAGUUCAUCAGGGCUCUGGAGGAGUGUGAGCACAGCACGCUCGCCCAGGAGAUGAGCGACGCUUACGAGGCCCUGAAACAACCCAAACAGAGGCAGAAACCUGUGGCACCAUCUGCCGGACCAGCUGUUGUAACAUCUGCACACGUCCUUACUCCCUCAAGUAUUGCUGCCCAUCCACCAGUCCAUCCAUCAGUAUCUCCUCAAUCUGCCCCCCUCCCCACACUAUCUGAAAGGUCUGCAUUCCCUCCCAGUAGGACCCCAGAGCGUCCAUACCCUCCUAAUGUGCCUACUGAGUCUCUCAUCUACCCGAACACCAGUAACCAGCCAGCUUUCCAUCCCAAUGUGGCUGCCAGUACUGCAUCCGCCCCUAGUUUGGUACUAGUGCCACCUGUAAACAGGCCAUCAGCUGCAGCUGUGGCACAGGUCCUCCAGCCAGAAGUAGCCCAGGCUCAACGCCUUGUUACUCCUGAGCCUGACAUCACAAAUGCCCCCAAGAGUGGUGUCACUCCCGCAGAUAUCUCCGAGCCCCCCAGCCUGUCACCAGAUCCACAGGCCCCCCUUUACACGUACAGCCCAGGGCGCCCCCAGCCAACCAAACUCGCCAUCCAGGAAACAUGCUCCCCCAGCUGCAAAGGGAACCCACUCCAGCAAAAAUCAGAAGACACCUCAAAUCCAACAUUGCACCAGGUCAGCAGCACACACCGGCAUCCCACAGCAUCAUAUGAAGACCGCGAGGUCCAUCGUCCACCGCAUGGCACAAAGAACAUCGCCCCUCCUGCUCCUGUUCCGGUCUCUGCCCCUGUGGUUGCCAUGACACACCGGACGCUUCCCAGACCGAUUGACAGUGAUCCGGAGGACGAGUUCUUCAGCAAGCCUGGAGUUCUACAAAGUUUUGCUGCCGAACCUUGUUCUCUGACCUCCGAUGACCUUGAAUUGAGUGUAGCUCAAGAGCCUGAGGUUUGCCCUGCACCUGUCUUACAGUCAGAUCAAGUAUCUAAUUUUACUGAAGCUAACCACAGCCGAGGAUCAGUUAAUAUCCAUAACAGUGGGAGUCCCAGCUGCCAGUCAGAUGGUCUUGUAGAUGACCCUGCCCUCUCUCCAAAUCACGUCUCAAUAGAGGAUCACUUUGAAUCAGUGCGCCGUAACUCGGCGGACCAAGGAACAGAGUCAUAUGUAAUCCAUUUUUCUCAGGAGCCAUCAAUCCAGAAUUAUGAUGGCCAGAUUCCAAGCCGUUUGGAAAACAAAGUCUCCAGCCAAGAGAUGUCUGUGAUGAACCACAGUGAAACACAACAGCAGCUUAACACAAACCAACACAGCCUCACACAGAGCAUUCUGGGAAAUGGAGUUCAUUUGAGAUGUGGCACAAAGACUGAAGUCAUUACUGAGAAGAUGGGGAACGAUUUACAAGGAGAAGAGAGCAGACAUCAGGAGAAAGGGGCGCUGAGAGAGAUGUCCAUGGCAAGUCUCGUACCAGUCCUUCAGAAUGUUCCUCUCAUUCCAGCAGCAGCAGCUGCAGCUGUUGGGAUCUGUGCAUUAUUCAUUGUUUGGAAACUCAGCAAAUGAGCACCUGUAAUGCAGCGGAAACCCCAUCCAAUCCUUGUAACAAUUGUAUUUAAUCACUUUGAUUAAGAGAGUAUCUCUUCAGCAAAUCCACACCACCUUGAUGGCCUUUUACUGGACGUUGCUCAUCCAUGUCCUUCUGAGAGCCCCUGUGAUUUGUCAACAAGCUUUCAUAUUCCAAUUCCAAAAACAUCUCAAGUCAAACGAAUUGGGAAGCACAAAAAAAAAAUCAAAAUUGUAUUAGCAGCAUCAGCAAAUAGGACAAUUCUGGCAGAUAAAACAAGACUAUAAUCUACCGCCUCCCAUGGCCGAAACUGGUAUUAUGACACCUGUCGGGCUGUGGCUAGUAAUUUAGCAUGCUAAUUCAGGUUGAUAUCUCUGCAGCACUAUACCUUGUCAUUUUUUAAAUGACAUCAUCGCCCUAAUUUCUUCUCAUUCUUUUGAUGUGUGUAGCUCAUUUUUUGGAUAUUUUUACCUCAAUUCUUACACAUGGCACCUUUUAAAGCAUGUACAUUUAGGGGUAGAAUGAAAGGAAAAGUGUUAUGCCUGUAUCUACAACAACUAGGCCAUCUCAAUAAGAGUAACAGUUUAAUUAUGGUACAGAACAGAUCGUUACAGGACAUUUUAAAAAAGAUGCAUCGGUAAUCAGAAAAGCUGAAAUCGAAUAUCAGCAAAAAGUGCAAUGUUGUACAUUUGACACUUUUAAUAAUUAGGUGUGUGUGUGUCUGUCUGUCUGUCUGUCUGUCUAUCUGUUAAUCUAUCUGUCUGAAAAUCUUCAUGCAGAGCACAGAGGUCUGGGACAGUAAACCUUCCUGAAACUUUAUUGCACAGUACAUCUCACAUAUGAAAAUUGUUCAUUGUUUUCUAUAUACCUUGUAGGGCUGGGAGAUAUGGCUGAAAACGGUAUCACGAUAAAAGUGUUUCAUAUCAGCAAAUAUCGAUUAUUAUAUUUUUGUAUGUUUUUUCUCCUGGUCUUUAAUAACCUUAUUAAGCCUUUAAUAACCUUAUUAAGCCUUCCCUCAAGGUGGGCGUGACAGGAAGACAGCUAAGGUAGCCUAAAAAACACAUCCUUCAUAAAAUAUAUCUUUUUUUAUCAUCUUUCAAAACACUUACAACAUUUACAAUACUUUGAUUUGUCUGUAGACAACCACAGAAGUGUCAUUCUGUUUUGAACAUUGUCAGUGGUGUAAAAUAGUUUGUUUUUGACGUGAGUGUAUGCCACUUUCACUGUAAGACAAUUUGCUAAUGCAAACAAUGUUCUUGCUCAAAACUCCACCAAUUAAUGUAAUUAUGCUCUUAAACAACAUUUUGAACCAAAUUGAUUCAGCUUUAGACAUACAUUAGGCUAUAUUCCAGCCAAUCAAGAGAUGCUUUUGUUUUUAGAGCACUGAAUGGAAGGAUGUAUUUGAUGGGCUGUGUGUGUGUUUGUAAAUACUUCAAUGUUGUGGUAAUAUAAGCACUUUGAAGGGGAUUUCCCAAAUGAUAAAAUUGUAAAAGUGUAAUGGAAUGUAGCCUACUGUAGUCUACUUUCAUAAUAGUCAGGCACUACAUUUGAAGAAGUGGGACACUAUAAAUAUUAGCCUAUAUCAACGACAAGCGUAGCAUGGCCUUAGUCACUAUACACUUGCCAGAUGUGUGCAAGAAAUCGUGUUUUAUUGAUCACUUCCCAAAAUGGUUCCUUUUCGAUUUGCUUGUUGCGAUGUGUUAUGGAAACGUGAUUUGAAGAUUUGUGCACAGCUGGGGUUUCCCCCUCAGAUAUACACAGGGUAGGUUUUACAUUCCUUGUGCUAUAGGAUUUCCCACAGUGCAAUCAACGUGGCAUGUUGUGUGUGAUGUCUGUAUGCUACUGAGACCUUGAAUUUCCCCCUGGGGAUCAAUAAAGUAUCUAUCUAUCAACAA